CAGCCUCUGCUGAAGCUGGUGAUGGCUUGCCUGGCCAUAAAGUAUCCCCUAGAUUAGGAGCCAGUGAGGACCAUGCCCUGGGAGGGCCUGGAGACCUAGUGCCUGGGGGAAUGGUCAACAUGAAUGGCUUUGGGCUGGGCCUUUGUUCAUGUUGAUUUGCCUGCCUGGAAUGCCCUGUCCUCCUUGCCUCCAGCUGGUAGAUGUCGAUUCUUCUUGGCCUGGGUCAGAUGGCUCCUUCUCCCUGUGGCUGGCCUGACCUUACCCACCCCAGCCUAGGUCAGAUGCUCUUUUCUCUGGGAGCCCACAGUCCUUUGUUCGUUCCUCCUGGAAACCACUGAUCACAGCAUGACACCAUGUAGUAUUUAUCUGCCAGCCUUCCUCACCAGCCCAGAAGCCCUGAUGGACCAGAACAGGGUCCUGUGUCCCCAGAGACCAGCACAGUAUCUAGCACACAGCAGGCUCUCAGUAAAUGUGUGUUGUAUUAAUCUGAGCUUUAGCACACCUGGACUUGCCUGGGGAGGAAGUGCAGGUGAGACCCACAGUCCUGGGCAUUGGGCAGUGCAGACUCGUUCCUUUGAGUGGUAGAGACUGUGGGCUUUAUUGUAGAGAUGAGGAAGCUGAGACUCAGGGGAGAUAAGGUCAGGGUCCCUCCAGCAGGGCUUUAAAGUACUGGGUCCUGACUUUGUGUUCAGAACUGUCUCCCAGAAACUGCAUGGGCAAGAGUUUGAAGAGGUGUGGGACUUAGGGUGGAAGGUGGCAGCCACCACAUUAGUGGGAUGAGGGAUGGGGAGGGCAUCCCAUCUGACCAGUCAUGUGUCUCACUGAACUUUCUCUGGCUGGUCCUGGCUUUUGUCCAGUCAGGGCUGGCACUGGGAGAAGUAUAUGUGGAGCACACCUCACCCCGUGGGGGCCUUCCCUUGAGUGGGGUGAUGGCAUGGAGAUCUCUCCAGGAAGUAGACUAGCCCUUUUCAGACUGACCUUGGUAACUUGACCUCAACAGCCCCAAGUUUUACCCAGCAGGGGUGAGGGAGGGUGGAGCCGGACUCGCAGCCCCUGACUAGGCCAGGGGUCCAGGGGUCAUAGGAUCACAGUACUAGGGGCUUCUUGACAUUUAAUGGUGUGUGGCACCUGGAGAGGGAGGAAAGGAGGGCUGAGUAGAUUGCAUUUGUUAGUGUUUUCCAGAGAUUCCUGGGCUGGGAAGGGGGUGGGUAUGGUGAUGAAUUUAGCCUGGCCAUUCCUCUUUUACUUCUCCAGAAGGAAAGGAGAAAAGGCAGGGCUUUGACUUUGAGAUCUUACGUGUUGCUGCCAUGCCCCCUCUCCUUAAAGUCCCACUUCUGCAGGGAGCUUCCCAAGCCCUGCUAUGUUGGGUGGGUUGGGAUAAGGGCCAAUAAGCCUGUGCGCCAAGGCUGAUGGUAUGGGCCACUGAGCCCUGAAUUAUAGAUUUGUCAUCAUGGGUCAGCUUCUUGAAGCCAGUGCCCAUCCCUCCAUCCAGCAGUACUGAUGGGGCCCUCGUUUUGGGCAAAGUGCCAUGCUGGACAUACCUGGCCUAGCCCAGGACCCUGCCUACCCAGGGAGAGUAGUAGCAGUAAUACCAAAAAAAAAACAAAAAAACAGACCCACUGCCAUCGAGUCGAUUCCAACUCAUAGCGACCCUGUAGGACAGAGUAGAACUGUCCCAUAGGGUUUCCAAGGAGUGCCUGGCGGAUUCAAACUGCCAACCUCUUGGUUAGCAGCCAUUGCACUUAACCACUGUGCCACCAGGGUUUCCAAUAGCAAUAAUAAUAAUAAAAAAUAACCAAACCGGUUGCCGUCGAGUUGAUUCCAACUCAUAGUGACCCUAUAGGACAGAGUAGAACUGCCCCAUAGAGUUCCCAGGGAGCACCUGGUGAAUUCGAACUGCUGACCUUUCGGUUAGCAGGCGUAGGAUUUAACCACUGUUAAUUAAAUGUUUAGCAUAUGUUAUUCUAAUCUUUUAAAUAGGUCUGUGAAGUGGGUGCUCUACUAUCCUUGUUUUAUAGAUGAGGAGACCGACUCAGAUUCAGUGGUCUGGAAAAGGGCACAUAGCCUGAUAAAGAAUGGCCUUGGGCUCUUGACUCCAGGUUUGAUAUCUGACCCCCAAACCUGUACUGUUUGCCCUGUCCCGGAGGUGGACACUACAGAUUCACAGACCAGCUGCAGCCUCAGCCUUGGGGCUUGAGAAGAGAUGCUUCUAGGCUCAGGUCUAGCUGUGUAGUAAGGGAAGUGCUGACUCAGAGUCCUGAGAUUCAGGUUAGGGGAGCCCUGGAGGAUGAGGGAAGACUCUGCCCAGGAGCUGACAUUUGAACUGGACUCUGAAGAGAGAGUCAGAGUUCUCCAGAACAAGGACGUUGUUCUAGAAUGAUGAAACUAGGAGUGGAGGCACAGAAAGGGGAUGGCUGUGUUGUGUUGUGUCCUUGUGGUUGGUGUGACUGAAGUGGAGAGUAUAGGGGUGGGGAAACAUCAACCUCCAUAGCAAGAGAGGAGUGGUCUGAGGCUGUCAAAGGAACCUAGCUCGCCUUGAGUCUUUCCCUGCAAGUUAGGGCUCAGGGAAGGGGAGGGAGCUGCCGCCAUGCCUGGUGAUACCCCGGAAGUUGGUUCCCCUUUGCUCCCUUGUGGGGAGAAGUGGUUGUUGGAGGCAGCAGGGAGAACCAAAGCUGGCCAGGUGAGAGAUGGUGGUUGGGCCUGGGUGGGGGUGGUAGAGAGAGAGAGGGAACCAGGCUGUCCUGACUCAUGAUACCAGCUUCCUCCUGCUGUUUUCCCCAACCUGGGACUCCAUCCAGAAGUCCCUAUUGCAAGUGGGGCUGGUACUAGUGUUUCCUAGGGUGAAUAAGAGAAGGCCUGGGGAGGGGGUGUGAGGGCCGUGUUCACCUCUCGCCCGCCUCAGGAGAGGAGGACUCCCUGUGCUCGGAGACCUCACCACACACUUCUCUUCCCUGGAACCUAGAAUGGGAAAACCUCCAACUCCUCUCUUCCUCCCUCCUCACACAUUCCCAGAGCCUUAGCAGCUCAGGUUCCGCAAACACACCCCAUGUCAAGUCUGCAGCCAUCCCAGGCCGACUGCUUCACACCACAUGCACCCUUUUCCUCCUGACACCUCAGAAGGCUCUUGGGAGGGGGCUGGUGACAGCAGGCAGUGGACUUGCCAGGGGGUCUGCUUUCAGGGAGCUGGGUGGCAGCCUGGCUGUCUCUAUCUUCCCACCACACUUCUGGCCCCAUUAGGCGGAGGCUGUCAUAACUGUUCUGCUGGCAGCUUCGGACCUUCACCCUGCCAGUGCCCCCUCCAGGGCUAGGAGCUGGAGUUGACCAGAAAACCAGACUGAGAUGGUUUUCCCCUCUUACACUCAACUGAAGUCAUCUGAGUGCUUUGUCAUCUGAGUGCUUUUCAAACUGCGCCCAGAGAGCCACCUCAGGGGUGACACUGGGGUUUGACUAGUGGGGCUCUGUGUGGCCCCCUUCACCCUCACCUGUUGUGGGAAUUGAUGUCCCCCUCACCCCCACACUCUCCACUCCAGUCACCAUAUUGUUGUUGUAUUUUAUAACUUAUUUAUAUAUUUUGUUGUUGAGAAUAUGUACAGCAAAACAUACACUAAUUCAACAGCUUCUACAUGUACAGUUCGGUGACGUUGGUCACAUUCUUCGAGUUGGGCAACCAGUCGCACCCUCCUUUUCUGGGUUGUUCCUCCCCCGUUAACAUAAACUCACCAGCCCCUAAGGUUCCUAUCUAACUUUUCAAGUUGCUUUUGUCACUUCGAUCCCGUAUAGAUAGUUCUUAAAAAAAGCAUCAUGCUCUGAGGCAGACAUUCUUUAUUAGUUAAGCUAGGCUAUUGUUUGGCAUCGUGUUGUUUUAUAUAUUGAGGUUCUAAGUAAGGUUUUAUGUUUUUAAAGGUUUCCUCUGCUUAAAAAAAGAGGGGGGCUUGAAAAGUACUGACCGUUUCCCAGAUAAAGAAAUGGAGGUUUGAUGAGAAGCGAUUUGUUCAGAGUUACUCGGAAUUAGUGACUGCCCCAAGAGUGGGGUGCAGCACUCUCGACUCCCUGAUCAGUGCUUUCUUGACUUCACGAAGCUCUCGCUUGGCUGGACCCUGAGUGCCUUCAUUGGGGUGUAUAGAGCCCCCUUUGUUUUUCCGACUCUUGGCCAGCUGUCCCCAUCCCUGCUUGGCCCCCCCACUUUCAUCUUCAGCACUCCCAGGCUCCCCCAACACCUCUGCUUGCAGCCCCCAUCUGUGUCUCUCGCUUGCCAGGCAUGUCUGGGUGUUUGAGUGUCAGUGCUGUUGCCACUCUAAGUGCGUCUCACACACAAGCUGCUGCAACCCAAGUCCUGUCCCCAGGGAGGGAAGGAGAAGAACAGGGGAAAAGACAGACAGACAGACAUAGGAGCAGAGGGAAAGUAGGGAGGCUUCUGUACCCAGCAGCAAGACAAGAGGGGAAGAGAGACAGGGCAAGAGAUAGAGAUGAGAAGAGGAGAGAGAAAGGUGGGGGGCAGGGACUGGAGAAAGGAGGGAAGAGACUGAUGGGGGUGGAGAGAAAGACUCAAAAAUGAGAGACAAGACGAACAGAGACCCAGAGAGGGGAGAAAUAAAGACAGACAACGAGAGGGGAUAUAAAAAGAGACAAAGAAGAAAAGACAGAUGGGAAAAUGGGGUAGAGAGAUGGAGAUACAGAGGAGGGGAGACAGGUCUGGCAGGAGACAAGAGGGCCCAUAGAGACAGGAAAUGUCACGUGCCCAAGAGCUGCGGCCCUAUCACAGUGAGGGAUGCGCCAAGCAUGCAUCAGGCACCAGAUCCAGCUGAUGGAUGUUGGAGGGGGGGGUCCUGAUGCUGGGGGCCUGUCACAUGCCCUCUUCUAACUUCCUCCUUCUAGAGCUGGACUCAGCUUCUCCUUGAUACCCUCCAGAUGAGCUUGUCAUGGGGAUGCAAAGUGUUUGGUUUUGGGGGUAGCCUUAGGCUGCUGCUUCUGUGUCUCCAGUCCCAGCCUCUGCUGAGGACAGUCUGCUCCUGUUCACUGUGGUGUGCAGAGGCAGAGGGAUGGACAAGCUGGCUUUCUCAGAACCUGCUGGCCAUACACCAGGGGCUUGUGUUGGACCUAGAAGGGCAACGGGCCUAGGGAGAAGUUGACAUAGCAAAAGUGCGGACUGGUCAGGGAAUCAGGGAGGACUGAGGAGAGGGGGUAGAUCUUGCCAGGAUCAGGGACAGACAUCUAGGGCAUCCCUUCUACUAGCCCCCAAGCCUGCUGCCUGGUGCUGGGGUAUGAGACAACUCGGGGAGACUCUUGAUGGAGCCUGAGCUCUGGAAGCCAGGCCCUGUUGUGCUGGGGUAUCAUUGUACCCCUACCAUCUCCUCUCUGGCUCUAAACUGAUCUUUCCUUUGCUCGCCUCCCUUCCUUCCCACGCCAAGUCUUUCCCCUGACCAGGCCAGGCCUAGAAGAGCAGGGGACAAGGCCUUGUAGGGCCCCUUGCCCGGCAUAUCGGUGGAGCAGAGACCUCAGGCUUGGAGGCUGUGUGGUUGGAAAGGAGUGCUCCAGGGCCCCAUUUGUCUUCAGGGUUCAAGGGAAUUUCAACUCUGUGGUUGAACAACAAGAAGUGGUUGCCCUUUCACCUCUCUGUGUCAUGGUCGUCUUAUAUUUAAAAUAGGGGAACUUGCCCUGUGCGGCCAUGAAACAUGACUGUGGACAUAGUGUUUUGUGGGCAGCGAAACACUGGACAAGCUUUGGGUGGUGACAGGUUCUUACCCUCUUUGAGGUUUGUCCUGUUCCUUUCUGCUUCGUAACAUGGAGCUGAGGGCCAGGAGACCCUCUGGAUCAUUCACCAAUGCAACAGUUGAUUAUGAAGUGUCUGCUCUGUGCCAGGCCUUGUGCUAGGUAGUAGGGAGACAGGAGUGCCAAGUCAGGUCAAGCCCCUGCCCCUGUGGAGCUUACAGUCUAGUGAGAGAGAGAGAGCAUAAACAAGAUCAAACAGUGAACAAGAUCAUUCAAGGUAGUGAUGAGGUCACUGAUGAAAACAAAGCAGCGAAAUACACUGUCUUGCUCUGGCUGGGGGUCAGCAGGUGGGAGACGCUCUGAGGACAGGGCUCCUGAGCUGCCAGUUCAAAGGACCGAGGCCCCGUGGUAGGACAGGGCUGGCAUGUCCAGGGACCUACAGGAAGGCCAGAGUGGUGGUGGUGGGGAGACAGAAGCCUGCCACGUAAGAAGAGCUCGGCAGAGGCCACACACACCCCGGCCUAGUCCUAUAGCAGCCCUACAACGUGGUGAGGAAGGUGCUUGCUACCCUGACAACAGAGCGGUGAGGGGGAGGUCUUCGGAGGGUUGUAAGUGGGAAAAUGUCAGGAUCUGAUUUAUGUUUUUAGCAACGUUUUCUGGCUGUUAUGGGGAGAAGUGGUUGUUGGAGGCAGCAUGGAGACCCACUGCCUGGCCCUGCCGCUGAGGCCCUGCCCUCCCCGCCCUGAGGUGGGUGCCCACCAGGAUGAGCAAGCUGCCUGGGGAGCUGGCCCGCGACCUGGAGCGCAGCCUGCCAGCUGUGGCCUCCCUCGGCUCCUCGCUGUCCCAUAGCCAGAGCUUCUCAUCGCGCUUUCUCCCACCACCUCCCGAGAAGCGCAGGGCCAUCUCAGAUGUCCGCCGCACCUUCUGCCUCUUUGUCACCUUUGACCUGCUCUUCAUCUCCCUGCUCUGGAUCAUCGAGCUGAACACCAACACAGGCAUCCGGAAGAACCUGGAGGAGGAGAUCAUCCACUAUAACUUUAAAACCUCCUUCUUUGACAUCUUUGUCCUGGCCUUCUUCCGCUUCUCUGGACUGCUCCUGGGCUAUGCUGUGCUUCGGCUCCGGCACUGGUGGGUGAUUGCGGUCACCACGCUGGUGUCCAGUGCGUUCCUCAUCGUCAAAGUCAUCCUCUCUGAGCUGCUCAGCAAAGGAGCAUUCGGCUACCUGCUCCCCAUCGUCUCCUUUGUCCUUGCCUGGUUGGAGACCUGGUUCCUUGACUUCAAAGUCCUACCCCAGGAGGCUGAGGAGGAGCGAUGGUAUCUCGCUGCCCAGGCUGCUGUUGCCCGUGGACCCCUUCUCUUCUCUGGUGCUCUGUCCGAGGGCCAAUUCUAUUCACCCCCAGAAUCCUUUGCAGGCUCUGACAGUGAAUCAGAUGAAGAAGUUACUGGGAAGAAAAGCUUCUCUGCCCAGGAGCGGGAGUACAUCCAUCAGGGGAAGGAGGCCAUGGCUGUGGUGGACCAGAUCUUGGCCCAGGAGGAGAACUGGAAGUUUGAGAAGAAUAACGAAUAUGGGGACACAGUGUACACCAUCGAGGUUCCCUUUCAUGGCAAGACAUUCAUCCUGAAGACCUUCCUGCCCUGCCCUGCGGAGCUGGUGUACCAGGAGGUGAUCCUGCAGCCUGAGAGGAUGGUGCUGUGGAAUAAGACAGUGACUGCCUGCCAGAUCUUACAGCGAGUAGAAGACAACACCCUCAUCUCCUACGAUGUGUCUGCGGGGGCUGCAGGUGGUGUCGUCUCGCCAAGGGAUUUUGUGAACGCCCGACGCAUUGAGCGGCGCAGAGACCGUUACCUGUCAUCCGGCAUCGCAACCACCCACUGUGCCAAGCCCCCAACACACAAAUACGUCAGGGGAGAAAAUGGUCCUGGUGGCUUCGUCGUGCUCAAGUCAGCCAGUAACCCCCGAGUAUGCACUUUCAUGUGGAUCCUCAAUACAGAUCUCAAGGGCCGCCUGCCCCGGUACCUCAUCCACCAGAGCCUCUCAGCCACCAUGUUUGAAUUUGCCUUUCACCUGAGGCAGCGCAUCGGGGAGCUGGGGGCCCGGGCAUAACCAUGCCGUUUCGCCAACCCUGCAGGCCAGGAUCCUGCCACCACAGCCUCCAGAGCCAGAAAGGGAGCCAGCCAGACUUCCCCAUGCCCACCGAGGCCCUGGCCUCAUGAAGUGGGAGGAGAAAGGCCCCUCCCAUGGCAGCGCCUUGGCCUCAAGCUACCUUCCACCCAAGGCACGCUGUGCCUGGGAGCCCUGUCAUUAACAGGGCCUGGGCCUGAGCAUUUGGACUCUGCUGGCUGAGGGACCUGAGUUCCGUCCUGCUGAUGUUUACAUGGCAUCCUUGCCUCCUGGGGGAAGAAUAUCCAUUGUCCCUGCCAUUGCCAGGGGCAGGGUCUGGGUUGGGAGCCUCAGACUUGGCGGGGUGGGGGUGGCAGGGCCCUGAACAGGACCAAGGCCAGGACAACCUGGGCUCCUGUGUUAUGGUUUUUUUAGGAUUAUUUAAAGGGUCUGGGACCCUCUUCACAUGCACUUGGGGGGGAGCAGCGGAGAUGGGGUGCUGGCAGUGAAUCUCUGCCUCUUCUAGAUCCGCCCCUCCUCCGGGGCUUCCGUGGGGAUCUUUGUAACUUGAGCCAAUUAAAAACCUGAACUCAAAAAACAA